AUGUCGAUUUUAUCUCGCUUCGGAUAUACAUCAUGGAUUAGAAUAAAUACAUUAAAUUUAUUAUCAAUACGUACUCAGACCACAGUUUCAUCAAUUAUAAAUCAAAAUGGAAUAAUAAAACACAAAAAACUCCCUAUAUCAUGUCGUACUGAUAUGAAAGAUGCACGUCGUAUUAUUGUUAAACUUGGUACAGCAUUAAUAACACGUGAAAAUGAAGAUGGUCUAGCAAUAGGACGUUUAGCAUCAACUGUUGAACAAGUAUCACAACUACAAAAUGAAGGUUGUCAAAUGUUAUUAGUUACUAGUGGUGCUGUUGCAUUUGGUCGACAGGUUCUUCGAAAAGAAGCUAUGAUGACAAUGACAAUGAGGAAAUCACUUUCACCAAAAGAUAUAUUAGAAAAUAGUCGUCUAGCUAUUCAAAGACAAGCAUGUGCUGCUUUUGGACAAAAAGGUCUUAUGUCAUUUUAUGAACGAAUGUUUCAACAAUAUAAUAUUGGUGUUGCACAAGUACUUGUUACAAAAAGUGAUUUUUAUAAUGCUGAUAGUAGAAAAAAUUUACAAGCUACACUUG